GCGCUUUCCUCGCGGAUCGAAGAGACUCUAGCUACAGCCUGUGGCUGGGAAGGGAGACGGAGGCCGCAGCUCAGGGAAAGUGAAGCUGCAGUAGUAGCAGUAGGAAGAUGUCGGGCGAAGACGAGCAGCAGGAGCAAACUAUCGCCGAGGACCUGGUCGUGACCAAGUAUAAGAUGGGGGGCGACAUCGCCAACCGGGUGCUUCGAUCUUUGGUGGAGGCUUCCAGCUCAGGUGUGUCUGUGCUGAGCUUGUGUGAGAAAGGUGAUGCCAUGAUUAUGGAAGAGACAGGGAAGAUCUUCAAGAAGGAAAAGGAGAUGAAGAAAGGUAUUGCCUUUCCUACCAGCAUUUCCGUAAAUAACUGUGUGUGUCACUUCUCCCCUUUGAAGAGUGACCAGGACUAUAUACUCAAGGAAGGUGACUUGGUAAAAAUUGACCUUGGGGUUCAUGUGGAUGGCUUCAUUGCCAAUGUGGCUCACACUUUUGUAAUUGGUGUAGCUCAGGGGACCCAGGUAACAGGGCGGAAAGCAGAUGUCAUUAAGGCCGCUCACCUAUGUGCUGAAGCUGCCUUACGACUGGUCAAACCUGGAAACCAGAACACACAAGUGACUGAAGCAUGGAACAAGGUUGCUCACUCAUUUAACUGCACACCAAUAGAAGGUAUGCUGUCACACCAAUUGAAGCAGCAUGUGAUUGAUGGAGAGAAGACGAUUAUCCAGAACCCUACAGACCAGCAGAAGAAGGACCAUGAAAAGGCAGAAUUUGAGGUGCAUGAGGUUUAUGCUGUAGAUGUCCUCGUCAGCUCAGGAGAAGGCAAGGCCAAAGAUGCAGGACAGAGAACCACCAUCUACAAGCGAGACCCCUCUAAACAAUAUGGCCUGAAAAUGAAAACUUCACGUGCCUUUUUCAGUGAGGUGGAACGGCGUUUUGAUGCCAUGCCGUUUACUUUAAGAGCAUUUGAAGAUGAGAAGAAGGCUCGAAUGGGUGUGGUAGAGUGUGCCAAACAUGAGUUACUACAGCCAUUUAACGUUCUCUAUGAGAAGGAGGGUGAAUUUGUUGCCCAGUUUAAAUUUACAGUUCUACUCAUGCCCAACGGCCCCAUGCGGAUAACCAGUGGUCCCUUUGAGCCUGACCUGUACAAGUCUGAGAUGGAGGUUCAAGAUGCAGAGCUGAAGGCUCUUCUCCAGAGUUCUGCAAGUAGAAAAACCCAGAAAAAGAAGAAAAAGAAGGCCUCCAAGACUGUAGAGAAUGCCACCAGUGGAGAAACCUUAGAAGAGAAUGGAGCUGGGGACUGAGGUGGGUCCCCUCCCCAGCUUGUCAUUCCUGCCUCACCCCCUCCCACCGCACCCCAGGCUCUGUCAAGUGCAGUUCGUCUUCUCCACCCAAGACUACCAGCAGAGCGGGGGGUCUUCAGCCCUCAUCCCGGUCCCCAACCCACCCACCCACUCCUUUCAACAAAAAACCAGCUCCGACUGACUCUGGUGUUGGGAGGCCAGGCUUCCCAGCCACCGAAGACUACUUUUAGUAGAAAAGAAAUUGAAUAAUAAAAUCAGGAGUCAAAAUCCACCGUCGUCAAGCCCCUCUUUCUAGCCUUUUCUACUCCGCUUGGUCAAGGUUUGUGGCCCAACUACAAAACAGAAAGGAGGUGAGGUUAUCCACCAGCAUGGAGGCCUGGACUGGGGAUUUUUUGUCACUGACAGCAUUUCUCACUCCUGGGGGGGUUUGUUUUUCUUUUCUGUUUCCCCCUAUCUGUCAUCAAGUAUUUAAUCUGCCCUCAAAGAGGGCUGGCUGUGGUGGCAGAUUCCUUGUGACCUGCUUAGGCAGGGUGUCUGUUUAGGCCCUUCCUAUUUCUAGAAGCUGAAUUCUCCAUUAAGAAGAGAUUUUUUUAAUCUAUUGAAUGGAUCCUCAUUUGUAAAAAUUUUUAGCCAUUUUUGUUCUGAACAGUCCCUCAAUCCUUCCACCCAUUUUCACAAAAUUGUAAGUAAGUCAUACCUUGUUUCCCGCCAUCUGGGUCCAGUGCAUUUUCCCUCACUUGAUUUUAGGCCCUACAUUGAACAUCCCAGUGGGUUUUUUCCCCUGUUUAAAUUGUUUGGUGUGUAAGGUGGGGUGGAGUUGGUUUGAAACAGGGUCUCGCUAAUUCCAGCUGGCUUCAAACUAUGUCAACCAGGCUAGCCCUCACAGAGAGCCUCCUCAGUGCUAGAGUUAAGGUGUGCACCACCACACCUAGCUACCUACUUUUGAGUUUCCUCUCUUGAAAGAAAAACCAGGAAGCAGAGGAGUAGACUGAAGAGAACUGGCUUUCUGAAGCUGUGGACUUGGAUGCUUGCUGGGGGGUUGUAGAGAAGUUACAAUUUGUACCUCUGGCAUGCUGUCCCAGGGAACUAAGGCUGAGGUUUUUGAAAUGACAUGGCAUUAAAAUAAAUUUGGAUUUGCUC